ACUGUACAUUCAUAUCAUUUUUCUCCUGGCCCCAUGGAGGAAGUGAGAAAGUUGGCACGGUCACCCAGGACUCCGAAGACCCGGUCACUCGGUGAUAAAUGGACACGGCGAGGAUGAGUUCCUUCCUCGACUACCCCAUCCUCAGCGGAGAGUCCGGGGCAUGCUCUUCCCGAGCCUAUCCUCCCCCAGAUCAUGGGAUUACAACUUUCCAGUCCUGUGCGGUCACUGCCAGUAACUGCAACGGGGAUGAUCGCUUUAUGGUUGGCAGGGGGGUCCAGAUAAGUCCCCAUCACCAUCACCAUCACCAGACCGGUGCCUUCCAGCAUCACAACAACCUGGGCAUGUCCUACUCGCACUCUAGCUGUAGCUCUGGAUAUGGCACCCAGAACUUCACCGCGGGUUACAGUCACUACGCACUAAAUCAGGAAGCAGAUGUAAGUGGAGGGUAUCCCCCAUGCACCCCGGCCGUUUACUCUGGAACUGUCUCAUCUUCCAUGGUCCAGCAUCACCACCCCCACCAAGGUUAUGCUGGGGGCACGGUGGGUCCCGCUCAGUACAUUCACCCCUCAUACGGACAAGAGCAGCAGAAUCUGACUCUAGCGAGUUAUAGUAAUUCCUUAUCCCCUCUCCAUGCCAGCCAUCAAGAAGCUUGUCGCUCUCCUUCUGCAGAGACCUCGCCUCCAGCACAAACCUUUGACUGGAUGAAAGUUAAAAGAAACCCGCCUAAAACAGGGAAAGCUGGAGAGUACGGAUACGUAGGUCAGCCCAACACCGUUAGAACCAAUUUUACCACUAAGCAGCUCACAGAACUGGAGAAAGAAUUUCAUUUCAACAAGUACUUGACAAGGGCCAGGAGGGUGGAGAUAGCUGCUUCACUGCAACUUAAUGAAACACAGGUGAAGAUCUGGUUCCAGAACCGUAGGAUGAAGCAGAAGAAAAGAGAGAAAGAGGGCUUGCUACCCAUUUCCCCUGCUACCCCGACAGGAAGUGAAGAAAAAACAGAGGAAUCAUCAGAAAAGUCCAGUUCAUCCCCAUGUACCCCUUCACCAGCUUCAUCUACCUCAGACACUCUAACUACCUCAAAUUGAAAUAUUUCUGGCCCCCUCUGUUUUAGAUAUAUGACUCCCACUCUAAAGCCACAUCUUUAGCAAAGCUGUAUUGAUUUAAAGUAUAUUUUAAUCUUUACCUCAUCUUUACAUCAAUCAACUUGUUUCAAGAGAAUUUGGUUUUAGAAGGCUCCCCAGCUGUUUAGUCUAUGCAGAACUAAACAAUUAAGUGGUUUCCAUAAUCAGGUUUCUGAUGAUCAUUUAUUCAAAAUUCAUAUUUUUUUAAAUUCCUGCUAUUUGCUACAGAAGAUUUGUUGGCACAGUUAAAAGAGUUCUCAGUAGUUCUCAGUAGAAUAAAAUUGCAAGGACAUUUCUAUAUUUUUCCUUACAUAAAGACAGGAUAUAUGGAGUACAUAACCUCAUGAAGAGAUGCACUAUUGAAAGUGUUUACACGAAUUAUAGAACUUUCAUCCUUUAAUUUAAUGUAUUCUUUUUCAUGUGUAUUUGUUUGCUGGUUGUAAAUACUUUGUCCAAGAGAUUUAUCUUUUUACAGAUUUUCUAGAAACGAUGUUUAGAUAAUCAGAUUAAAUAGGGUAGGUGCAGUCUCAAAGUUGGAAUCAAUUAUAUAUUGUUACAACUGAUGAUCAUAUCAGCUAAAUUUGUUAAUGUCAAUCAGAUACCUCAGAUAAUAGCACCAUUUCUUUUAAUGAAAUAGAAGAAAAAAGCUCCAAUUGCACUAGGUUUUGUAAACUUUGCUUGGUGUGCUCCCACCCCACCUCCCCCCAUCUGUGCUGGAUUAUAUUGGACCUAAGGGUAUAUUAUCCAAAAGACCUGACCUACUCCUAUUUUCAUAUUAAUCAUUCCUUGGACUUGAUGUCUUUUCAACCAAAUCGUAAAUGUGAUGAAUGGCCAAAUGAAUGUAUAUUUUAUGUGAUUCGUGUAUGGAACUUUGCAUGAUGCACAGUGCUUUGAUGUACUUAAGGUACACUGAGUUUUAUCAGUUGUCAUUUGUGAGCAAACCAUCUUCCUGAUUUUCUGUACAAUCAUUAAAGGUUCUGAGAUUCUGUAAGUGAUGAAUCCAGAGCAGAAUUUACGGGUCUUAAAAUGUCUGUAAU